AUGCAGGUUGUAGAAAUAACAACGGGCGAAAUCAUUGAUCGGAGACAUCUCAUCCAAACGAAACGCUUCAUCACGGCAGCCCAGUUUCUUCGCAAUUGGGUUUUCGUGAGUGCGGCCGGCGCAGAACUCGCUCUCAUGCAAGCAGAUCACACACACAGAGUAGUUGAACGCUUAGGCCCCAUGUUUUACGUCCAAGUGGUUGCUCUACUUUCAGCUGGAGGAGUGUUUUACUAUUGCCUCGCGAAAUUUUGGACCUAUCGGAUAAUUACAUGCCUUUGGAAAAAUGAGGAAAUCCGAAUAUCACUUCUCAUUACUCUUCACCCCUUCAGCAUCGCCACCAUGUCCCUACUGCUGAUUGCUCACUGCCUUCCUGCUGUCCUGCUGAUAAGCUUGAAGACAUUUACGCUACGAGAGGUCUUUGCCGUGGCGACCAGCGACACGGGCUUGAGCACCCGGUGGUCCUUCAUCGCGACACAAACUCGCAUGACGUGUUCUGUCUUCGGGCUGCUGGUUAUGUUCGUCGUCGGCGAGGUCCUGAGCUGGAGGAUGCCCUACCAAGCGUGGGUGUGGCAACUCAUGGCUGCGCUGGUGGACACUGUCGUGCAAUUGACGGUUGUUGGGGAGUUGAACCGUGAGUUGGCAAUGGCGAAGGCUGCGAUCGUCAGGAAGGGAAAUAAGAAGUCAAAGAAACCCGCGUGUCGCAAAUUUUACACUUGGCUUGCGAAACCUCUGUGUACAUGCUAUCCUAAAUGGCCUAAACUAUUUGUUUAUCCAGUAGAGAGCAAAUAA